AGUUGAUUUAUUAAAAAAAAAUCUUAAAAUUGUUGAUCGUCUGUUAAUUUCUGUAUAAUUUUUUUCAGUGCUGAGUAUUUUUAAAAAUUUAAUUAUUGUUAUUUAAAUAGUAAUUAUUGAUGUGACUGUCACCGAGGCGUUGAAAAAUAUAAAUGGGAAAAUAGAACGUGCGACAUGCUGGUGAUGAGUAAUGACAGAAAUGGGUAUGGUAAAACAUUAUCAAGUUGGUGUAAAACAAUGAAUACAAGUGAUACAAUGAUACAUCUUUUAGUUAAUUUUUAUUGAUAAUAAUAAUAAUAUAAGAACAAUAAGAAGCGACGUAAGUUUAUUGUGAGAUGGUUGAAGGUGAAAUAAAUACGAGUGUAACGAAAAAGACAAAGGAAUAAAUAAAAAGGUAAGGAGAAGACGUUAAAGGAAAAUAGCAUAAGACUGAGACCAAGAAGAAGAAGAAGAAGAAGAAGAAGAAGAAGAAGAAGAGGUAGUAAAGAAGAGGAAGUGGAGAACGGAUACCUGGUCGACGGCAAAUAUACUCACUCACAGUCCAUUACCAGCCAGAACACGUUCCGCACGAUUUCGUUUCAUUAACCGGCGCAACCGAGAUCAUUUGUAACUUUAUGUUAUUAGAUAUUAAUAAAAAAUAACAAUAAUAUUGUUAAUUAGUUGAGUAACUUGUAAACUGGAAAAUAAUAUUAAUUAAGUGAAAAUAAUAAAUAAAUAAAUUUGUUAAAAAAUGAACAAUGACGUUUUUAAAUGUACUGACGGUAAAAUAAAUGAUUAACAAUAAUGAUUUAAUUUGUGAUAAAUUAGCGGUGAUUAAUAAUUUUCGCGAUAAGUUAUUUAAAUAAUUAUCUAAGAUAUAAAUAAAUUUCGCAGUGUAAUUCAAAUAAUUGAUAAUAAGAUAAAAUAAACAUUAACGAAAAAUAUAAUAUUUUAAGUGAAUGAAAAUCUGUGUGGAUGACCUUCCACGACCCGGCAUCGAUUGAAAACGACUAAGUGUUGGCAUACACGUGGUCGCAAUUACAACAAGAUACGAAUGGAAAUGUUAUUCAAUAAUUUUUUAAUCGUUUUGAUAAUUAUUUAUAUUAAUACGAUAUACGGAAGAUCCAGUGAAAGAUCAGCAGAUGUGUCGAUUUACUUCAACGGCACAACUCCGUCAGCAAAUGUUACCGAAGAGGUGGAGGGAACGAAUGAAUUUGCAUCACAAUUUCCACCACCUGAUGUUAGUGAUCAUGCUGAUAAUAACUCAAGUUCGGUAAUUUUUGUGGACGUUCCUCAGCACACUGAGACGGCUUUGGGAACGUCUGUGUUAUUAACAUGUCGAACAGCACAUCCAGUCGUUGACUGCCAGUGGUCCUGGCAGCCACUACCACCGGUAAAUUUACCUCUUCCGGACAUCAACCCUUUAAAUUCCAACGAAACGACACGUGAAAUUCUACAGGUUUCAACAGAAGCUGUUUUUUCCCCGCCAACCUCCGCCAGCACACAAUCAUUACCUGUAAGACAAUUUCCGGCUUUUGGUAAUAAUAGUAAUGAUUGUUCUGUUAGAUUUACAAAUACUAAAUAUGAACAAAUUGGAUACUGGACAUGCGCUGCACGCGCUAACAUUAAUGCUACUUUUGUCAGUACUUUACCUGCCAAAUUGGAUAUUGCUACUCAUAAAUCUGAAGAACCAAUAAUAUUUACUGAGACGGAUGAUGCAAUAGAGGCAGCGGCUGAUUCAUCAGCCCAAAUAAUAUGUCGUACAGAAAAGCCGGUGAGCGAGUGUCAGUGGUCGUGGCGGUUAUUAAAUCAGACAAAAGUCUGGAACAUAGAAGUAAAAAAGUUUCCGUCAUUCGGAGUAAACAAGACCGACUGCAGUAUUAAAUUCAAAAACGUGCUGCCGGAGCAAGAGGGACUGUGGACAUGUGGAGUUCAAAGCGACACUGACACGAGCAGCAGUUUUAUUCAGACAAAACCAAUAAAAUUUUUCGUGUCAGAAGUGGAAUUCAUACAGCUUUCGCAAGGUAUCCAGGCAGCCGCAGGGGAAUCUGCCCUGCUCAGAUGCCUGGUGAACAAACCGGUCGUACAAUGCGAGUGGUCUUGGAAACCCCUCAAUUCCAGUAAAGAGCCCAUGGUCAUAAAAAAUUUUGUGCCAAAUGACGAUAACAAGCAUGACUGUUCAGUCAGAUUUAAAAAUGUAUUGUAUGAAGAGGAGGGUCUUUGGACUUGUGGCGUAAGAUUAACAUCCUCUGGUCGGCUUCAUGAGGCUGCUCCCGCUAAACUUACACUUUUACCUUCAGCAAAAAUAAAUUUCACUGAAUCACCGCAAAAUAAAUCGGUGUUGGUAUCAAGUCAUCAGCUACUCAAGUGUACAGCGAAUAGCCGUUUAGAAAAAUGUACAUGGCUAUGGAAAUCACUGUCAAAUGACGUGGAAGUUGUUGCUAAAAAUACAUUUCCAAGUUACGGUAGUUUAGGAAAUAAUUGUAGUCUCAAUAUUCCGGAAAUAAGUACUGAAGAUCAGGGCUACUGGGCUUGUCAAGCAACGUCUUCAAAUAAUCUAAUAAUUACUUCAGCUUUUGCUAAAAUAAUUGUUUACAAUAAAGAGAAAGUUGAAUUUUCGGAACUGUUGCAAGACAUACAGAUAUCGUCGGGUAGCAGUGUUUAUUUACGAUGCGUUGUGUCAUCAGCAGUUGAACAAUGCAGAUGGUCAUUGACGCCAGUUAAUUCAAAUACAACUGUCGUUGUCAAACAAUUUACACCAGUUAGUCCAGCUGGACGAGACUGCAGUGUCAGAUUAAGCCACGCGUUGGCUGAACAACAGGGCCUGUGGACCUGUGGUGUCAAAGUUCACGGAAUGGAUAAUUAUAUGAACGCACCACCGGCAAAGCUUAGUCUCCUUGAACCAGAACCAGCUAGAGUUGCAAUGAUAACAAAUACCCAUGAAGUUGUCACACUGGCUUGCAAACUUUAUCCACUGCCAUCAGACACUAAGUGCCAGUGGAUUCAUGAUUUAAAAGAUAAAAGUAAACGAAUGAAUGUAACUCAUAAAUUAAGGCAAGGCGUGUUAAUGAAUCAUACUUCAGGAAUUUGUAUGAUACAAUUUAAACCGGAUGCCAGUGAUCUAGGAUUGUGGACCUGUAAAUUUAUUAUUAAUACGGACAAAGGUGAUUUUAUACUAGGGAAUUCGUCAUUGAUACUGGUGAUUAAACACACAGAAGAUGAACGACUGGGAUGGAUUGUUGGUGCAGUAACGACAUUUAUUCUAUUUCUAAUGAUUUUGGCAGUUGUAUUAAUUGUUUGGAGAGCAAAGCUAUUUGCCAGAGAGUCUUCACGAAUUUUUGAAACCGCCCCGCUUAAAGAUAAAGUACCCGACAAUUGUAACAAAGACGCGGAAUUUGAAUUAUCAGAUACUCGUUUAUCAAGAAACUCAUCAUCGAAUAAUUCAGUAUUGUCAAGAAAUUCACCGUUUUUGGGUAACAUUCAAAAGUAUCAGCAUCAACGAUAAAUUGUAUGCUCUACUUUAUGAACAAAUAAAUAAAUAAUUUAAUUAAUACCUGAUUAAUUAUUUCUCUAAGUAUUAAAAUUAUUUAUUUUAAAUUAUAAUUAUAGAAUUUAAAAAAUAA